AACUGGACCAAUCUACCCUUGUCUAUAUUUUUAGUUUUUCCAUUGUAAGAAAAUUACAUCCUGUCAGUCUAUAAAUUCCUGCCAUGUAGCUUCCAGCGUGCAGACCAAUUUACAGACUGCUCUCCGCUCUCUAGAUAAGCCUUGUGAUUUGCCACUCAUAGAAAAUGGGAAGAUAGCCCAGUAUUAUUAUAGUUUUAAAAGUUAUUAUUUUCCAAUGAGUAAAGAGAAAAAGCUUUCCUACACCUGCGUGGCUGGCUAUACAACUGAAUCUGGGAGUCAAGAUGCAAGGAUAACAUGCACAGCAACAGGAUGGUCACCAGCACCAAAGUGUUAUAGAAAAUGUAGCAAACCUCUCUUGGAAAAUGGCAUCUUCUCUGAUACAAAAGUGUCCUACAAAAUAUGGGAACAAUUGUUGUACAGAUGUGCUUCCGGCUAUCAAACUCCAGGAGGUAAUGCUGAUGAAACAGUGCAAUGUCUUCCAGAAGGAUGGUCUUCUCACCCAAACUGUGCUAAAAAGUUUGAGAGGUGCUUAGUACCAGACUUACAUCACGGCCACUACUCCACAAUCCAGCGGAUCCUCAAACUGAAUGAAACACUGAUGUAUGAAUGUGAUGAGGGAUACCACACCAGAGGAGGAAACACUAUUGAAAAGGCAGUCUGUCGCACAUAUGGAUGGUCCCUUACUCCGAACUGCACUAAAGUAACAUGCUCCUUGUUAAGUGAGAUAGAACAUGGGAAUUUCUAUCCCAAGAAGAAAAGCUAUGAGGAAGGAGAUGUGGUUCAGUUUUUGUGUCAGAAAAAUUACUCUUUGAAUGGAUCUGAUUUAAUUCAGUGUUAUGACUUUGGAUGGUAUCCAGAGCCUCCAAUAUGUGAAGAUAGAAGAAAUAAAUGCCCGCCUCCACCUCAGCCUCCCAAUGCCAAUAUAUUCACAGAUUUAAGAACAUAUCAUAAUGGAGCCAAAGUACAUUUGGCAUGUCAGCUUAAUUUUACAAUGAGAGGAUCAGAAGAAAUCCAGUGUGAGAAUGGAAAAUGGACUUCACCCCCAAGUUGCAUUGUUUCAGAAGUCAACGAAAAAAUACCAUGUGAUCAGCCACCUCCUAUUGAGAAGGGUACAGCAAUAACUGAGGACAAGAUGUAUUAUACAGGAGACACUAUUAGAUACAGUUGUGAUCAUGGCUACAGUAUAAAUGGAUCAAAUGAAAUAACCUGUGAAAUGGGAAAAUGGACAUCACCUCCUAAAUGUGUUGAAACGCGGGAAACCUGCCCCUCUCCACCUGCAGUUAAAAAUGGUGCUAGUUUUGGACCAUUAUUGACAAACUACACAGCAGGUUCCUCAGUAAAAUACAGAUGCCAUCGGUACCACAUAUUGGAGGGUCCUGAAACUGUUCAUUGUGUACAAGGAAAGUGGACAGCUCAGCCAACUUGUUUAGAACCAUGCACUCUUAAUGUGGAUGAUGUGAGCAAUAACAACAUAGAGAUGAAAUGGAGACUGGAAGGAGAAUUGUUUUUCCUGCAUGGUGACACGAUAGAUUUUGUAUGUAAACAGGGAUACUAUUUGUCAUCCUCCAGCAGGCAGUCUCAGCUAACAGUACAGUGUACCCGUGGAAAACUCAGAUAUCCAACAUGCAUUAUGAAAGAUCCCAAAGAAAAAUGUGGCUCCCCCCCUGUUAUUAAGAAUGGAGAUGUUAUUGGCCCACGACUGACAGAAUAUGAGAAUGAUUCUUCGGUUGAAUAUACUUGUUUUGAUCAUCAUUUUUUGCAAGGGUCCAAUACAGUCUAUUGUUCCAACGGACAAUGGACUACCCCACCAGAUUGCAUAGAACCAUGCACUUUAUCGAAGGAGGUAAUGGACAAAAAUAACUUAAUACUGAGAUGGAGUUUUGAUGACAAAUCUUAUUUUUUCCAUGGGGACUACAUUGAAUUUCAAUGUAAAGAGAAUCAUUAUGGAGCACCAUCAACCUCAGUGUUUGAUUUUAGAGUACAGUGUAGCAGAGGACAGCUGACAUAUCCAAGAUGUGUUGAGAGAGGAAGGUAAGACGUCAACAGCACUGAUGCUUCAAGGGCUGUGAAAGAAGCCACAUUUUAGUUAGAAACCCAAUAAAAUGUUACUGAACUAUUUUUAAAGACAAAGUGUUUGACCUCAUAGCCCACUUAAAACUUAAACCUGUAUUUACACUGGAUAUUUUCUUGGUUUAUGAACCUUAAAUAAAAAAGUCAUGCAAAAAGCUU